AUGACGACACAAGCCCUUGCUCUUGCUAAAAGACCUCACAUUAUCGUUGCAACACCAGGACGUCUUGUGGAUCACCUGGAGAACACCAAAGGCUUUAACUUGAAAGCUCUCAAGUAUCUUGUCAUGGAUGAAGCAGACAGGAUUCUUAAUAUGGACUUUGAGGUCGAAUUGGACAAAAUCUUGAGGGUUAUACCAAAGGACCGACGAACGUAUCUCUUCUCCGCCACAAUGACAAAGAAACACGAGUGGAAGUGUCCUACUCGUUAUAAAACAGUGGACAAGCUGAGGCAGCAUUAUCUCUUCAUACCGUUUAAGUAUAAAGAAGCUUAUUUGGUGUAUUUAUUGAAUGAAUUAGCUGGAAACACCGCCAUUGUCUUCUGUGCUACCUGCAAUGGGGCUAUGCAGAUUGCUAUGCUGUUGAGGCAACUCGGAAUGCAAGCGGUUCCUCUUCACGGACAAAUGGGACAAGAGAAGCGAUUGGGCUCUUUGAAUAAAUUCAAAAGUAAAGUUAAGGAUGUUCUCGUGUGCACCGACGUAGCAUCUAGAGGUCUUGAUAUUCCUCAUGUCGAUCUUGUUAUAAAUUAUGAUGUUCCCUCUCAGUCAAAAGACUACAUUCACAGGGUAAGAUUAUUGGCAUUUUAUCCUUGUAAUUUAUAUAAUUGUUUUUCUCUUUCGUCCUUUCCCUUAGUUCUGUGUUUGCUCUUUCAUAACGGUUUACUUGAGUAA